UGUUGUAGCUCGAAGAAGCGGCCGGAAGAACAGCUGAUACAUAGUUCUCAAUCUGGAAACAAAGGAGUAUCUUGAAUACUAUACAACUUCUUACGGUGUCCGAAUGGUGAUACAUGAAAAAGGUACCUAUCCACUUCCAGAACAAGAAGGCGUUACACUUAAUCCUAUGACUGAAGCUCAUGUUGGCUUACACAUGCACACCAUUACCAGGCUAGGAGGGAAAUACGGCGAAUGUACGGACGGGCGUGAAUUCUUCGAAAAAUUUAAAAUGAAUUACACUAUUCCUUUGUGUUAUUACUUUUGUGAAUUAGAACGAAUAAGACGUGCAUGCAGGUGCCUCCUGGGAUCCUCUGUUGUCAUGAAUAGUACAUCAGAAGAUCGCAUUUGUGAUUUUGAAAACGAUGAGCAAUGCGUUGAAAAAAUAGCUCAAAAGAUUCUCAACAAAGAGAUUAAAUGCGGUUGUGCAAGUCCUUGCAUGCAAACGGUUUACACAUCAACGUUGUCAAGUCGUGCAUGGCCUCAUAAACAUUAUCUGAAGAAUGUACUUUUAAAAGAUGUUUGUAAACGAAAUCCUAACAGUUUGAGACAUGUCGGAGGAGCUUCCCGUCCAGCUUGCGAUAUGAUUAUAGGUCAACUUACAAAAUCAGAACUGGAAACUAUUUCCGGUAAUUUUCUAGCCGUUUAUAUCUAUUUCAAAGAACUGAACUACGAGGUGAUUUCGGAGGAGGCCUUGUAUAAAACAGUAAGGUUUCUGUCCGAUAUUGGCGGUGCUUUGGGACUUGUGUAGAAAUUCUCGAAAUUGGGCUAAGUAUUUUGCUUUUGAUUAAACGCAAAAGAGAACCAACUGAAGACUAAAACAUUUAAAGAAACCAAGCUCUCUUAUGAUAUUUUGAAGGUUGGAUAAAUUCAUGAUCCUAGUACUUCGAAAAAUAAGAGAAAUAACAUAGCUUCUCGUCUCUUACUCCAAGAAAUA